GUGCAUUCCUGCUAGUGGUUUUUAGUAGGGGCUAGAAUAGGCGUCUUUAAUUGCAUGCGAGUGUAUGGUACUACAUAGAGCUGGAAAUCAACCAUCUCUCAAAGAUGCCUCAGGUAAAGCAUGAGCCAAAUCCAGGCAAGGGAUAUAUAUCAGAGUAUGAAAAAACUAUACAAAGAAACAUAAAAGAGAGAAUGGAGAUGCUGAAAAAGCUGAAUUUAGAUGUUAUAAAGGAAGAAGCUAAGGCAGCCAUCUCACCACCCAAGAAGAAGCGGAAGGUGUUCAGAAGAGCAAAACCAGAACCGAUGAGCUCGGUGCCAACCCGGCGCAGUCUGCGGAUUAGCAAGCUGGAGCCGAGCGGCGAGCCGCUGCCCGAGCGGCCGGUCACACCGCCGCCACCCCGCAAACUCGGGAAAGAGACGGUGCAGGACGCGUUGGUGGAUGGCUCGACCGCGGACGGCGCGCUCGGCUUCAUCGAGGACAUCAAACAGUGGCUGAGCAAGCAGGAGCGGCGACAGGACAUCCCUGCCGACAGCUACACCCAGGCGCUGGCCAACAUGACGGUGACGGAGGACACGUGGACCAAGGUGACGCCGCAGCGCAUCUGCUCCAUGGCCUUCUGUCCGCUGCAGGACAAGCUGGUGGUGGCGGCCGGCGACAAGCGCGGUGUGCUCGGCCUGUGGGACGUGUCGCUGGCGGACGCGGGCGUCCACCAGCUGGCGGCGCACAACCGGCACAUCAACGGCCUCAGCUUCGCACCGCAUGAUGGCCAUCAUUGCUUCACCACCAGCUACGACGGCAUCACGCGCCGCCUCGACCUGCAGAAGAUGGAGCUGGAUCAGGUGUACGCGACGGCCGGCUCGGACGAUCUGUACCUGAUCCACCACGCGCACGUGGGGUCGGCCGGCCUGCUGAUCGGCCGCAGUGACGGGCAGCUGGUGCGUGUCGACCUGCGCUCCUCCGACAGCGUCCUGCACAGGGUCGGCUCCGGAGACGUGCGCUACAUCAGCGUGCACCCGAGCCGCGAGCACACGGUCGUCACCGUCGAGAGGCCCAGCACCAUCAGCCUGUGGGACAUGCGCCGGCUGAAGGGCGAGCGGAGCGCGCUGCAGCGGGUGGAGCUGCCGCGCGCCUGCAGCAGCGCCAGCAUCAGCCGGCGCGCCGGCGACGCCCUGGUGGCGCUCAGCAGCGACGACACCAUCCGCCUGUACAGCGGCCUCAACAGCGGCGACAUGCUCCCGACCAAGACGAUCCGACACAACAACCACACCGGCCGGUGGCUGACCACGUUCAAGCCGACCUGGCUGCCGGACAGUGACGACCUGUUCCUGGUGGGCUCCAUGGACCGGCCCAGACGGAUGGAGGUAUACGACCGAGCCGGCCCGGUGUACCACUACCUGAUGGGAGAGGAGCUGCAGUCGGUGUGCUCCACCAUCGUGUGCCACCCCACCCAGCCGGCCAUAGCCGGCGGCAACUCGUCCGGACGCGUCUACGUGUUCCAGUGAGGGUCGCCUCAGCUGGUGCCGCGUGGCUGGGCUCCACGGACGCCUGACCCCUGGACCGGGUCCGCGCCUUGUCACCGGCUGAGGGUGCGGGCGCAUGUGUCACCAAUCGGAGGCGUGCAGUAUGGCUCGCCGACUCGUGCGAGGCUUACCAUGACUCCAGUACCUGCAUGCUCACCGGUAAUCGAAAUUUCUCCAACGUUUGAUAGCCUUGAUACAACAUUGCGGUAGAAGCCUUCCGCACCACCGGAUGUAGUGGUUCAAUAGUUUUUACGAUGUUGUAGUUUAAUUAGUUCACUUCAGUAGGUAAUGCUGCGGUGGUUUUCCAAGGUCAUCUUGAUUUCUAGUAGGAUUUCGCGCUGUAUUCCAGAUCUGGGUUACACAUCAAGUGCCAUCAAUUCUUAUAGAAGCAUGCACAAAAGACGGAACGUGCGAUGUUCUAUACACUAGUGUAGAAUGGUUCGAAAUGUGACAUCGUGCGAUGUUUUAUGCACUAGUGUAGUAUAGUUCGAAUUUCAGCAUCGUGCGAUGUUUUCUAUAUGAGUGUAAGGUAGGCAAUACGAUGCUGCUUUUUCUAAAUACAUUUU